CGCAGGUUCGGCCGUCAGUCGGGGGAGGAGCCGGGCAGGACAUGGCUGCAGCUGAUCGGAGGCGCUGAGCUCUAGUCUCCCCUCCUCGCUGGGGCCUGGAUUCUCCCAGUUCGGACACUACAGCCGGGGAUCCGGAUCAGAACCGUCGCUGACCCCGGGGAGCGCUGCGGCCUAGUGGAGCCUCGGACUGUCCUGCACUCGCCGCCCGGGGCCGGGCCUCUGUCUCCGGGCACCGAACGCAGCGUAAACAAGAGGUGUGCGGCCUGGUAACCGGCAGCAGACGGCUCCACAGCUCGGGUUUCGUCCUCAUCAUGUCGUUCAGCGGAGAAAUGGCUGAAGGAAAAACGGAUCUGACGAAUGGUAGUUUGUCCAGCAGCCCCGAGGACAUGUCCGGAGCAGAUGAAGGUCGGGAGAACUCCUCUGGGAUUGAGGUGGAGGCGUCGGACAUGAGCCUGAGCCUCACCGGUGACGAGACCGGCACCAACCGCGCCGAGAGCAGAGACAGCUCCGAGAGUUCUGGAGAGGACAAGGACUCUGACAGCAUGGACGACACCGGCCACUACUCCAUUAACGACGAGAACCGGGGCAUCAACCGAACCCACUCCGAGGACGAUGAAGAGGAAGAAGAGGAGGAGGACCUGGGCAUCAUCAACCGAACCCACGAUCUAGACGAAGAAGAGGAGGACGUCGAAGAGGAGGAGAACCGGCUGCGGCUAAGAGCCCAGCGCAAGCGGGCCAACCAUGAGCAGGACUCCUCUGACGACGAGAAAGCCUUAGAAGACUGGGUGCUGUCCGAGAAAACGCCCCUCCCCCGACCGCGAUGGAAGGCGUUACGCGCCCUGAGGCAGCGGGAACUAGGGAGUAGCAGACGCUUCAUCUACGACGCCUGCGGAGGCCGAGGCUUCGUACAGAGGUUCAGACUACUGCACGGCCUGGAGGGUCACUUGGGGUGCGUCAACACCCUGCACUUCAACCAGCGGGGGACGUGGCUGGCCAGCGGGAGCGACGACCUCAAGGUGGUGGUGUGGGACUGGGUGAAGAGGAAGCCCGUGCUGGAGUUCGAGAGUGGUCACAAGAGCAACGUGUUUCAGGCAAAAUUCCUUCCCAACAGCGGAGACUCCACGCUGGCGAUGUGCGCGCGCGAUGGGCAGGUCCGCGUCGCUGAACUCUCAGCCAUUCAGUGCUGCAAAAACACAAAACGGGUGGCACAGCACAAAGGGGCCUCCCAUAAGCUCGCCCUUGAGCCAGACUCUCCGUGCACUUUCCUGUCGGCCGGCGAGGACGCCGUGGUCUUCACCAUUGACCUGCGGCAGGAUCGGCCGGCCUCGCGCCUCGUAGUCACCAAGGAGAAGGAGAAGAAGGUCAGCCUGUACACCAUCUACGUCAAUCCCGCCAACACUUACCAGUUCGCUGUCGGGGGUCGAGACCAGUUUGUUCGGAUCUACGACCAGCGGAAAAUCAACGAGAAUGAGAACAAUGGCGUCCUGAAGAAGUUCUGUCCUCAUCACCUGGUAACAAGUGAUGCAAAAGCAAAUAUCACCUGCCUGGUGUACAGCCAUGACGGGACAGAGCUCCUUGCCAGCUAUAACGACGAAGACAUCUACCUGUUCAACUCCUCUCACAGUGACGGGGCGCAGUACAUAAAGAGGUACAAGGGCCACCGGAAUAACGCCACAGUGAAAGGAGUCAACUUCUACGGGCCAAAGAGCGAGUUUGUGGUGAGCGGCAGCGACUGCGGGCACAUCUUCCUGUGGGAGAAGUCUUCCUGUCAGAUUGUGCAGUUCAUGGACGGUGACAAGGGCGGCGUGGUGAAUUGCUUGGAGCCUCACCCCCACCUGCCCGUCCUGGCGACCAGCGGCCUAGACUACGACGUGAAGAUCUGGCUCCCCACGGCCAAGGAUCCGACUGAGCUAGACGGCCUGAAAGAGGUCAUUAAGAAGAAUAAGCGGGAGAGGGAUGAGGACAGUCUACAUCACGCAGACCUGUUUGAUAACCACAUGCUCUGGUUUCUCAUGCACCAUCUUCGGCAAAGGGGGCAUCGCAGGAGGAGAAGAGAUCCUGGCCUGACCCCAGCUGAAGCCGACUCCGACGACUCCCCCAGCAGCUCCGACAGUUCUGACGAUGAUGAAGAGGGUCCCGAUCGAGUCCAGUGCAUCCCAUCAUGAGCCUCCUCGUUCGCGUUCUACUUUUUGGCGUGGAACUUCCUCUUCCUCCUCCUCCGCCGAGGGCAGGGAGUACUUUACUAACGGACAUUUUUCAGCUUUUUUCAAAGUUCUAGGACUAUAGUGUAAGAAGCCACGCUGUUCCUCUUACGCCCCGGGAUUUUUAUUUAUUUUAUUUUAUUUUUUCUCAUUUUUUUUUGGAACGGGGCAGAUUUUUUUUUGCUUUUGCAUAACUGCACUUUGGAGACGUGUCAGCUUUAGAGCGAGAAGUGAUCCACACCACAGGACCGGCGUCUAUUGCCACUAUCCGAAAUCCUUCUUCUAGAUGGUUUUAUUACCAGCAGUUUGAGAGCCUAUGGCGCCCCGAAGGAAAUCGGGACUGUCGGAAUUAAAAAUAAAUAAAAAAAAUUAAUAAAAAAUAA